UUAGUAACUUAGCCAUGGAAUUCAGCGCUGCCAUUUGCGGAGCAGCUGUCAUCCUUCUUCUCCUCCACUACCACCUCCUACGGCGGCGCCACACGGCCAAGCUCCCGCCGCAAGCCGGCGGAGCCGGCCUGAUUCUCGGCCAUCUUCAUCUCAUGUCCGACGGCGCAAAACCCCCGCACUUGAACUUAGCUGACGUGGCGGACCAACAGGGGCCGCUCUUCGCCAUCCGGCUCGGCGCGCGCCAAGUCGUGGUGGUGAGCAGCUGGAAAAUAGCCAAGGAGCUGUUCACAACCUGCGACAUGGCUGUCUCGUCCCGACCAAAGAUUCGGGCCUUCGAACACCUGAGCUAUAAUUUCGCCAUGGUAGCCUUCUCCCCUUACGGCGAGUACUGGCGCGAGCUGCGCAAGAUCGUCAACGCCGAGCUGCUCGCGAGCCGCCGAAUCCAGCAGCUGAGCCACGCCAUUAUCCCGGCGAUAGCGCAGUCGAUCAGGGAAAUCUACAGCCGUUGGGCUGAGCAAAACGACGACGUAUCGGGGCAGGUCUUGGUAGACAUGAAGAAGUGGUUCUCAGAAUUGAAUUUGACCGUUAUACUCACGGCGGUCUUCGGGAAGACGUUCCGCGCCGGAGAAUCCGGCGCCGGCGAGGCGGAGAUGCGGCGGUGCCGGGCGGUUAUCCGGGAAUACUUCCACUUGGCGGGGGUUUUCGCGCCGGCCGACGCUCUUCCCUGGCUACGGUGGCUCGAUUUGGGCGGAAUUGAGAAGAGAAUGAAGACAACCGCCGCGGAAUUGGACGGAAUUAUGGAGGAGUUGCUGUCGGAGCACCGCCGGAAAGGCUUUUCCGGCGAGUACACGCCGCAGGACUUCAUGGACGUGAUGCUUUCGACAGUACGAAGCUCCAACACACUAACCGACAAAUUCGAUGAAAAUACAGUCGUCAAAUCCACUUGCCUGGCAAUGCUUCUCGGCGGCGCCGACACGAGCUCCGUGAUGCUCACGUGGGCACUCUCCCUCUUACUAAACAACCGCCAUGUCCUAACCAGAGCUCAACAGGAGCUCGACAGCCAAGUAGGAAGAAACAGGCGAGUGACGGAAUCGGACAUCCCAAACCUGGUAUACUUACAGGCCAUAAUCAAGGAGACAUUGAGGCUAUACCCUGCAGCUCCAUUAGGGGCGCCACGAGAAUUUACAGAAGACUGCGACAUAGGAGAAUACCAUAUCCCGAAAGGGACGUGGUUGAUGGUGAACAUAUGGAAGUUGCAGAGAGACCCCGACGUGUGGGUGGAUGACGUCUCCCAAUUCAAGCCGGAGAGAUUUCUAACAACGCAUAUGAAUGUUGAUGUUAGAGGGAAGGACUUCAAGCUAAUGCCUUUCGGCGGGGGUCGGAGAAUUUGCCCCGGUCCGAAUCUUGCAUUGCAUAUGUUGCAUUUGGUGUUGGCUAAUUUAUUGCACGCGUUCGAGAUAAGAAUGGUGUGCGAUGAUGCCGUAGACAUGACUGAGAGCAUCGGAUUGACUAACCUCAAAGCCACGCCUCUUGAGGUUCUUGUUUCCCCGAGAUUGUCUUCUACUCUUUAUUAGUAAUUGAAAAUUCAUCAACAUCACGAUAAUUGUUCUAAUCAGCAUAUAAAAAUGUAAAACAGACAACGUAUAUUGUAUAAAGUAUUGGAAUGUAUCAAUUUGUAUAAUAUAUUUGUAGUGCCUAAGAGUUUAAUGAUAAAAAUAUCAUGAAAAAUAUAAUU